AUGGAGAGGCUUAAUUUUGUAAAAAAUGGUGUGCUUAGAUUGCCUCCUGGGUUUCGCUUCCACCCCACGGAUGAAGAGCUGGUUCUUCAGUACUUGAAGCGCAAGGUGUUCUCUUGCCCCUUGCCUGCCUCUAUCAUCCCUGAGGUUGAAGUUUGCAAGGCUGACCCUUGGGAUUUGCCAGGUGAUUGUGAGCAAGAGAGGUACUUCUUCAGCACUAGGGAAGCCAAGUACCCCAAUGGGAGCAGAUCAAACAGAGCAACCGGUUCUGGGUAUUGGAAGGCAACUGGGUUAGACAAGCAAAUUGUGACUUCUAGGGGCAACCAAGUUGUGGGUAUGAAGAAAACUCUGGUUUUUUAUAGAGGAAAGCCUCCCCAUGGCACUAGGACUGAUUGGAUUAUGCAUGAAUAUCGCCUUGUUUUGGCUGAAAAUACAGCCCCCAAUGCCCCACAAGAAAAGAACUCAACCCAAUUCCAGAGCCCUGUGGUGCCAAUGGACAAUUGGGUCCUCUGCCGCAUAUUCUUGAAGAAAAGAGGUGGUAAAAAUGAGGAGGAGCAAGUUCAACAACCCUGCAAUGACCGAGUGAUUCGGAAACCCAAGACUGCCAGGCCUGUUUUCUACGAUUUCAUGACAAAAGACAGGAGGAAUUUGAGCCUUGCACCUUGUUCCUCCUCUUCAGGUUCCAGCGGAGUCACAGAGGUCGUUUCUAGUGAUCAAUUGGAUGAUCAUGAAGAAAGCAGUAGUUGCAAUAGUGUUCCUUACUGUAGAAGAAAACAGUAG